AUGAGGGCUUGGAUUUUCUUCCUUCUCUGCCUCACAGGCAGAGCAUUAGCAGCACCUCAGCAGGAGGCUUUGCCAGAUGAGGCUGAAGUGGUGGAAGACCAGGCAGCUGAGGUAACAGAGGAGCCUGUGGGAGCCAACCCCGUCCAAGUGGAGGUUGGGGAGUUUGAUGAACCCGCUGAAGAAACUGAGGAUGUUGUAGCUGAAAAUCCCUGCCAGAAUCACCACUGCAAACAUGGCAAGGUGUGCGAGCUGGAUGAAAGCAACACCCCCAUGUGUGUGUGCCAGGAUCCCACCAGCUGCCCUGCCCCCAUGGGCGAGUUUGAAAAGGUGUGCAGCAACGACAACAAGACUUUUGACUCAUCUUGCCACUUCUUCGCCACAAAGUGCACCCUGGAGGGCACCAAGAAGGGUCACAAACUCCACCUGGACUACAUUGGGCCCUGCAAAUACAUUGCUCCUUGCCUGGACUCCGAGCUGACCGAGUUCCCCCUGAGGAUGCGGGACUGGCUUAAGAACGUCAUGGUCACCCUGUACGAGCGCGAUGAGGGCAACAACCUCCUGACCGAGAAGCAGAAACUCCGAGUGAAGAAGAUUCAUGAGAAUGAGAAGCGCCUGGCAGCCGGCGAUCACACCGUGGAGCUGCUGGCCCGUGACUUUGAGAAGAACUACAACAUGUACAUCUUCCCCGUGCACUGGCAGUUCGGCCAGUUGGACCAGCACCCCAUUGAUGGGUACCUGUCCCACACGGAGCUGGCCCCCCUGCGAGCCCCUCUCAUCCCCAUGGAGCACUGCACCACCCGCUUCUUCGAAACCUGCGAUCUCGAUAACGACAAGUACAUUGCCCUGGAUGAGUGGGCCGGCUGCUUCGGCAUCAAGGAGAAGGAUAUCGACAAAGACCUUGUGAUCUAAGUCAGCAGUUUCUUUCUCUGGGGCCAAAUGGCUUAUCCUCUUACCUCCCAACCUCCUGUUUCCUUUGAUUUCUAACACGUUUGUUUUGCUGGGUUACCCCCCGUCUCCCGGGAAGAAGGUGCUAAUAUAGAUCUAACCAUAACACAUAUAUUAACGGUGCUAAAAGAAACCAGAAGCCAAGACAUUGUUAGUAGCCCAUUCACCCUGGUAGCGGGCCACACACUCCCCUGUUUUGCUCUGGGUCUUUCUAAAUAAUCCUUGUUUGAUUGGCAGCCUAUGCACAAUUAUCCCAAUCCCUGUUUCAAAACAGCUCUCUCCAUUCCCCUCCCUCCCCAACCCCCAACUUCUGUCUCAACCUUUAGAGUCUGUUUUUUGGGGGGUUUUUGUUUUUACUAAUUACUAACAUCCUCAUUUUUGCAGAUAUUUAAGUUUAGGGGCUUGGCUCUGAGGAGGAAUAAUGGCCUAUUUCAAGAUGGCAAUGGCAGGAAAAGAGAAAGAUUGAGUGAGAGGAUGGAGGAACUGAGUUACAUAGAACAGUGGUGCUGGGCAUCUUACUAGAGUGAAGAGAAAGAAAGACAAGUGAAAGAGAAUUAGAAAAUCCAGAAUGCAAGUCUGUAUUGCCCAGGGUUUUGAUUGGAAAAACAAUAUGGCAAGACCCAAAAGAGACAAAGACUAUUUUUAAGGUGAAGAAACUGUCAUGUAAAACCCCUAUAAAAAUAAACUUUUAAAAAUGCUACAGGCUA